AUGGACCUGGGAGAAUGUACAAAGAUCCACGACUUGGCACUGCGAGCAGAUUAUGAGAUUGCAAGUAAAGAGAGAGACCUGUUUUUUGAGCUGGAUGCGAUGGAUCACCUGGAAUCCUUCAUCGCAGAGUGUGAUCGGAGAACGGAACUGGCCAAGAAGCGCCUGGCUGAGACACAGGAGGAGAUCAGUGCUGAAGUGUCGGCAAAGGCAGAGAAAGUACAUGAACUGAAUGAAGACAUUGGAAAACUCCUGGCUAAAGCUGAGCAGCUGGGAGCUGAAGGAAAUGUUGAUGAGUCUCAAAAGAUCUUGAUGGAAGUGGAGAAAGUCCGAGCAAAAAAGAAAGAGGCAGAGGAAGAAUACCGAAAUUCCAUGCCCGCAUCCAGUUUCCAGCAGCAGAAGCUGCGUGUCUGUGAAGUCUGUUCAGCAUAUCUGGGUCUCCAUGACAAUGACCGGCGUCUUGCUGACCACUUUGGAGGCAAAUUACACUUGGGUUUCAUUCAGAUCCGUGAGAAACUGGAUCAGCUGAGGAAAACAGUGGCAGAAAAGCAAGAGAAGAGAAACCAGGAUCGUUUGAGACGGAGAGAGGAGAGAGAGCGAGAGGAGAGAAUGGGCAGGCGGUCUGGAUCAAGAAAUAGAGAUCGUCGAAGAUCACGGUCUCGGGAGAGGAGGCGAAGACGCUCGAGAUCAGCUUCCCGUGAGCGGCGGAAGUCUCGCUCCAGGUCCCGAGAUCGACACAGACGCCACCGGAGCCGUUCCCGCAGCCACAGCAGGGGUCACCGCCGGGGGUCCAGAGACAGGAGUUCAAAACACAAAUCUUCUAGAGAUCGAUCUUCAAGAGAAAAGUCCCGAGACAGAGAGAGAAAAGAGAAGAGCUCUUCUGAGAGACGGCACGAGAGCACAAAUGGCAAAUCUCGUUCCAAGAGAUCAGAAGAGAGAGAAGCUGGCGAGAUCUGA